AUGCAGUUGACGCCACUGAUUACCGCCGCGGGCCUGGCGGUCUCCACCACCGCCUUCCUGCUGCCUCUUCCCGAAUCAUCCGACAACGAUGUCAUCACCACCCUCCCCGUUCCUGUCGAGACCGACUUCACCGCCCCCCGGACUGCAGAGGUGCAGAAGCUCGAGCUGGCCUGCCCGGGCUGCCCCGUGCCCGUCGGCCACCGCAAGAGCCAAGGCGCCGACGUCGAGGUGCUGACGGACAUCCCCAGUCACCUGGAGCUGGACUUCAGUAUCGACCACGCCGUCGACCACGAUCGUCUGAUGUUGAACGGCUUCGAGCUCUACCCCAAGUCGGACCCCAUGCACAACAUACUCGCUGCCCAGGUCUUGCCAGAUCGACAUGAAGGGAAGCACAAGCUCCCCGGUCACAGGAAGCACCACCAGCCAAUCAUAAACCCCUUGGGCUUCGGUCUCCGCUCGUCAACCAUCGCCAAGAGCCAGGAGGACAACAUGGAGCUGGUUCAGGUUGACCUUCAGGUCAUCGAGGUUGGAAACGUCUUUGUCGACGGCAUCCCCAACGUCGAGCUCAAGCUGAUCAAGACCCCCGAGGGCGGUCUCUUGCUUGGUGGUCUCCGCGCUACCGCCUCGGAAACUGCCCACAAGACCCCCAUGGACAAGCAGAAGGAAUGCACCACCAUGCUGUGCAGGUGGAGGGCCGCCUUGUUGCAGCAGCUGGGCCGAGUCCGCGGCAGCGGCCACUGCGGCGGUCGCCGUCCGGCUCACGCCGCCGGCCAGCUGGACGGUGUUCACCGUCACCCGCACUCGUCUCUCCACGCCCAGGCCCACCGCGAACACCGAUGGAGCCACCUGCUCAAGAACAUCGCCUCGCACAUCCUGCUGCCUAUCGCCGUCGGUAUUGCUGCCGGUGUCCUGGCUAGCAUACUCGGCAUGAUGAUCGGAACUGCCAUCGUUUACGUGUGGCGCGCCGUUGUUCGCCCUACCAGCUCUCGCCGCCACCACCACCGACGCGGCCGCUCUCACAGCAAGGCUGCGCUCAAGGAGCCGGCUGCCAGUGACGAGAAGGCUGGUUUGAUGGCAAACCAGGAGGAAGACAUCGAGGCCCCGCCUGCUUACCUGGAGGAAGGUCUUGCGCAAAAUACCAAGACUGAUGAGAACCAGGCAUAA